AUAUAUAUAUAAAUUCUAAUAUUAGUAUAAUAUUUUCAUUAUUAUUUUGAUUAAUAUUAUAUUUCUCGGAAUAUAUUUUGAUAUAUUUUAUAGCUUGUUAUUAGGGGGAAGUUAUUUUGAUGUAUUAGACUCUACAAUUACAAAACGUCAAAGAAUAAUUUACUUAUAAACAACGAAUAUUUAGAAUUUUUAAUACAUAUAUUGAAUAAGUAGUAAUCACAGAAAAAUGAUCAAGGAAUCGAAAAGUGAACAAGUAAAGACAAUAUCAAAAGUAUACGCAGACGUGUUAUCGAAGAAACCGAGUUCGUUUUACGAAUACGACAAUUUCAAUCCUCAAUACGAAGAUGUUAACAAUUACAGUUUAAUAAGGAAGAUUGGUCACGGCAAAUACAGCGUGGUAUUCGAAGGUUUACAUCAAGUUAAAAACGAAAACGUCGUUAUAAAGAUGUUAAAACCAGUAAGAAAACGAAAAAUAAAGCGAGAAAUCAAGAUCCUAGAAUGCCUAAGAGGCGGUACCAACAUUAUUAAGCUUUUAUCGGUAGUGAGUGUACCUGACACGGACGUAACCGCGUUAAUAUUCGAACAACUCGUCCAGAACGAAGAUUUUAAAAACGUCUAUUUAAAAUUAACCGAAUCCGAUACGAGAUAUUAUCUAUACGAAAUAUUGAAAGCUUUAGAUUUUUGUCACAGUAAAGGGAUCAUGCAUAGAGACGUCAAACCGCAUAAUAUAGUAAUCGAUCAAUCGAAUAAUAAAAUCAGAAUAAUCGAUUGGGGUUUGGCGGAAUUUUACCAUCCAGGACAGGAGUAUAACGUUAGAGUUGCUUCGAGAUAUUUCAAAGGACCUGAACUGCUAGUAGAUUAUGGAUAUUACGAUUAUUCGUUGGAUAUGUGGUCGUUGGGGUGUAUGUUCGCUUCGAUGAUUUUCAGAAAAGAACCAUUUUUUCACGGGUUGGAUAAUUACGAUCAAUUAGUGAGGAUCGUCAAAGUUUUAGGUACUAACGAACUGCACGAUUAUCUCAACAAGUACAAUAUAACGAUAGAAAAAAAAUUGUAUUGUCUGUUAGGAUUGCACUCGAGAAAAUCCUGGCAGAGGUUCGUGAAUACGGAAAACGAAUAUUUGAUAAACGAUCAAUCGUUGAAUCUAUUAGAAUGUCUUUUAAAAAUCGAUCACGCCGAAAGGAUAACGGCUCGCGAGGCUUUGAAUCAUAAAUAUUUCGCGCCAAUAAGACGGAAAAUUCAAACCAGACCAACCGCGGUGCCGAUUCUCGGAGAACAUUCCAUGGUGGAAGAGAAUCAGUGACAGUUGUUGGUUUUGACUAGCACGGGAUCGAUUACGUCUGUAAUAGUGUGCAAUUUUUGUUCGAUUUUUGAUCGUUUCAAAUAAAUUUAUAUUGAAAUAAACGUUCCACAAAAACAA